AUGGCUGAUAUCGAGACGAACGCCCCGGCCCGACCCUUACCUUUCGUACACAGCCCGCUCCCGGACUCUGAGACACACAUCAGGCUACUGGAAGUCCUGCAGGGCAACUUCGAGCACCAUGUCGUUUGUGUAAUGUCUGCAUGGCCUCUGGAUAGCGCACCCCCUUACUCGGCGAUCUCAUACACUUGGGGAGACCCAGCGCUGACAGCCACCAUCACCAUCGAUGGGCGCAACAUGGUUGUGGGGCAGAACUGCGAAUACGCACUUCAACAAACGUUCGCGAUUGAGAAGAAGAAGAAGGAAAAGUACGUCUGGGUCGAUGCUGUCUGCAUUGACCAAAACAACAUACAAGAGCGAGGUCAUCAGGUUGCCAUCAUGGGCAAGGUGUACAGCAAAGCUGCUCAGGUUUUCGCAUAUUAUAUGCAGAAAGAAGAAGAACUUGUUGGCAGAUAUUCUGUCGGCUGUCCACUGGUACCCAUGGGACGCAUGGUUCUCUCUUCCACAAGCUGGAGUCUGGCUUGGAACGAGAUGCCUUCUCAGUAUGAGCACGUCAACCAAAAUCAGGCUAAGAAAGGCUUCGGUAGCUUUCCUCAAGAGACCCUACUUUAG